AUGCCAUAUAUUGCCAUCAUUCCAGCUGCAGUGAUACUAGUAGUUGGGAUUGUCUACGUGCUUGGCCCACUGUUUCAUAGAUGGCGCCCAGAAUGGACCAAGCAGUUUAUUUCAGAGGAACCAUCAGCGUACCCUGAGUUGCCGCCAGAGAAAACAAAACAGCGACUAGGCUGGAUCAUUACCCUUUUUGCCUUAUCGAUUAUUGGAAUCGCAGCUGAAGCUGUUCAAUUGAUCUCUCCAGGACUGAACCCGACUUCGAUUAUCCUUCUCUCUUCUUGGGCUGCUACUGCUCUCGUGAUUGUUGCCAAGCGUCCGAGGACAUGUCCAAAUUUGAUGCUUGUUUACUUUAUUACAGUGUUUGUAGUAGAGCUUUUCCUUAUUAUCAAUGAUGACAUUCGUCCGAAGUUCAAAGCUGUUGGUCACUAUGUUGCGAUAAGCGCUUCUGUGGCUGCCUUGUUAACCAUUCUUCUUAUGCCAAUGCGCAAACCAUGCCUCCCUUGCGAGAAAAUCGGUGCUGUCGGCCAGGUGCCAUCUAGCGAUUUUCGCAGCCCAGAGGACAAUUUGCGACUCUGGCAGUUUCUUAGCGUGUCCUGGAUGGCACCAUUGAUAUCUUUAGGAAGAAUGAGACAACUUGAUGAAGAGGAUGUGUGGUUCCUAGGUUUUGAGUUUCAGCAUCACCGGCUACACGAGAAAUUUCGGAAGCUUCGGGGAUCUGUAAUCAGGCGAUUGCUUCAAGCCAAUGGCAUCGAUGUUACGAUUGUUAUCCUUAUUUCAACAGUGCAAAUGCUUUGCGACUUUUCAACGCCAGUCUUGUUGCAGCAACUCCUGCAGGCGAUGAGCGAUCCCAGACGCCCGAAACGUGUUCCCUUGACAUAUGCCUUUUUGGCACUCUUACUUCGGUUUGUUGCGGCGCAAUGUCAAGUUUUGAACCUCUGGUAUGGUAGACGCUCCUAUGAGAGGAGUAGGGGCGAGAUGAUCAUGAUGGUCUACGAGAAAGCCUUGUCACGGAAGAACAUAUUUGGUGUUCAAGUGAAUGGUGGGAAAGAGGAAUCUCGAGAUGAAGCAGUGGAAGCCAUGAACGAUAAUGCCAAUCCAGAAAUGGAGACAAAUAAGUCCAAGCGGAAAAGGCUUUUCGGUUUCAUCCCCCGAAAAAGAAUGGCGAAUAAAGGAAAUAAAGAAAAGCCAAGAGAGGCUGCGUCAAUGGGAAAAAUAUUCAACUUGUUGCGAGGGGAUGUUUACGAAGUGGCUCAGCGAUUUUGGGAAGUAGACUCCCUGGUCGAUAAGCCCAUUGGGCUUAUAAUCGCGGUAGUCCUCGUCUGGAAGCUAUUCGGGCCGUCAUGCUUUCUGGGUGUUAUAGCGGUUCUGAUUGCUCAGAUCGUGAAUGCAUUGAUCACCCGUAUCCUCCUUGGAUGGGAAAGAAUAAGGAGAACUGCGACAGAUGCAAGACUCCAAAUCUCUUCACAGUUUGUGGAAGCACUCCGUCAUCUUCGCUGGUACGGAUGGCAAAACCAUUGGCUCCGUCAAGUAAUGGAGGCUAGGCAAUCCGAACUGAACCUUCGAAUCAUCACCAGCUCGUGGACCAUUUUAAUUCGAUUUAUCAACGCUUUCGCUAGUGGAGUGUUUCCCGUAUUGGCCCUAUAUGCCUAUACACUCUUGGCCGGCCAUCCACUGCGUGUCGACAUAAUAUUUCCUGCAUUGCAACUGUUUACCAUGCUGGAAACUCGGCUACGAGACAUUCCUAGCCUGAUAACCGUGCUCAUCAACGCAUCUGUUGCCGUUGAAAGAAUUGAAGACUUUAUGUCAGAGCCAGAUAAAGAAGCCAAGGCACCCCAAUCCCACCAAGAUCCUUCUCCAUUUGAAAUGGAAUCAUGCUCGUUUGCUUGGCCGGGAAUAGUGGUACCGGUCAUUUCCGAUAUUAGCCUAACAAUUCCACAAGGUCUGACAGUCGUCUGUGGAAAGGUCGGCGCUGGAAAAACCGCUCUACUGCAAGCUCUUCUUGGUGAACUUGAUACUACCAGUGGUCUUUGCCAUAUUCCCAAUGAAAUGAUUGGAUAUUGUGCUCAGACACCGUGGCUCCAAAGCAUGAGCAUCCGCGAUAAUAUUCUAUUCUCAUCGCCUUACGAUGAACAACGAUACAAGCGAGUCUUAGAUGCUUGCGCCUUGCUUCCUGACCUUUCUAAUUUCAAACACGGUGACCUAUCUUUUGUGGGCGAGAAUGGUAUUGGUCUCUCAGGAGGCCAAAAGGCACGAGUAGCUCUUGCCCGAGCAAUGUACAGCGCGGCGAGAAUAUUAUUACUUGAUGACCCUAUAUCCGCCCUUGAUCAGAACACGGCAGAGAUUGUAGUCCGAAAGUGCUUUUCUGGCCCUCUGAUGCAGGACCGUACAGUCGUUCUCGUUACCCACCGUACUGCGAUGGUUCGCAGCUUUGCAACCCAGAUGGUUGAUAUCCACGAUGGACAGGCAACUUUAUAUGACAGAGACGCACUUUCUUCCAACGCUUCAGCUCACGAAAUUGAACAUGAGCCACACCCAGAGAUCGAUGAAUCGGAAUUUCAAAACACAACAAAUUUGGACGAAAGUUCUGCGGUUCCAGAUAAAUUUAUUGAAGAAGAACAUCGAGCUGAGUGGGGAGUACAAACGCGUGUUUACUGGAAUUAUAUAAAAUCUGGGAAAUAUAGGUGGUGGGCAGUGCUCAUUUUGAUCCUAACCGUGCAUCGUCUUACAUCGAUUGGGCAAUCUUGGUUUCUCAAGGAAUGGGGAGAGGCAUACAAUCAAGUCAUCUUGAAAUUUCAGUACGCUGGUUCGAGCGGGAAUACUUUGAUAAGCGAAUGGACAAAGCAGCCAGCUCUAUCAGAAGCGUCCAAUUUUGAUACAUCUUCGAUACCUAACAACCCUAUUGAUUUGUUGCCCUCGCCGCAGGAUGAUGUUCGACCCUGGAUAUUAGCAUUCUUUGUGAUUGCUAGUUUUCAGUCAGUCACCCUUCUAAUCGCACAGAUAUUGAUGGUUGUUAUAGUUUACUGCGCAGGGAAAACGCUCUUCCGGCAGGUGAUGGAGCGAGUGAGCCAUGCUACUUUCCGAUUCUUCGAUGUGACUCCAAUUGGUCGGCUGAUGAAUCGCCUUACAUCAGAUAUUGGGGUUGUUGAUGGUAAUAUCAGCGAACAAUUCCAGAUGAUUGCCUUUCAAGCAAUCACCUGGAUCUCUUCUAUUCUAGUCAUUGCUUCUGUGACGCCUAGCUUCCUGGCUUUCUCGCUCGUAUUUACUGCGGCAUUUGUUAUCGUAUUCCUACACUUCCUCCCUACAUCGCAAAGCUUGCGGCGACUGGAGAUGGUAUCAUUGAGCCCCCUCUUAUCAAACUUCGGUGAACUGCUGCAUGGAUUGACAACUGUUCGUGCCUUCCGCGCAGAAUCUCGAUUCCAAAGCAGGGUGAUCGAAGUUGUGGAUAAAUUCCAGGGAAUGGACCAUUUCUAUUGGUCCCUCCAGAGCUGGCUGAUGUAUCGCUUUGAAACACUGUCAGGCUUGUCUAUAUUUUGUCUGACUGCCUUGGCCCUGUAUACAAAUGUUUCUCCUGGACUGGCUGCAUUUGCGUUGAUCGCGGCCAACAACUUUGUUACAUCUACGCAUGCAUUGUGCAAGCAAUAUGGCCAGCUGCAAAUGGACUUUGUCUCCGUGGAGAGAAUAGACGAGCUGCUCCAUAUUGAGCAGGAAACAGCAGGGACGAUAGAACCUCCAGCAUCGUGGCCUAGGUUUGGCCAAGACAUCACGUUUGAGGAUGUGACGAUUCGAUAUGCUCCCCAGUUGGAACCCUCGCUUACUGACGUCUCUCUUCGGAUACCUGGGGGAUCGACAACUGCCAUCAUAGGCCGAACUGGAAGUGGGAAGUCCACAUUGGCGGUAUCACUUCUGAGUGUCAUCCGACCAGAAUCAGGCCGUAUCAUUGUGGAUGGCAUUGAUAUUGCGAAAGUCAGCACCCAAGCACUUCGAACCCGGGUUACCUUCGUUGCCCAGGAUCCUGUUCUUUUCCCUGGAAGUAUCCGUUUGAAUCUCGACCCAACUGAGGAAUAUUCCGAAGAAGAGUGUUCCGACGUACUGGAUCGUAUCUGCAGUCGACAUGGCUGGAAUCUAGAAACGCACAUCGAAGCUGGCGGCCGUAACCUCAGCCAAGGACAACGGCAACUCAUUGGCCUUACGCGAGCAGUUCUCCGUCGGAGUCCAAUUGUUAUCCUGGACGAAGCGACUGCCUCGAUUGACCAUGAGACGUCACUUGAGAUACAGCAAAUCAUCAGGGAGGAAAUGAGGGAAUCUACAGUGAUCACCAUUGCCCACCGGCUAGAGGCCAUCAAGGAUGCGGAAUAUUACAUUGUGUUGGACCACGGUCGUGUGUCUCAGCAGGGAUACGUGAACGAAUCAUCAUGA